AUGAGGCAGAAGCAGCUUCGCUACGACAUCAGUCUCAAGAAGAUGGUACCAGUGGACUACUCGCUCGUGAAGGCGACGUUCGAAAGCCUGCGGGUCGCUGUGCGACUUCAGAGGAUAGACGCGUGGUUCGAGGAGGCUCACCCGACGUGGGGCCAGCUCAUCUCGGAGGACGCGGCAUGGCGGGGCCGCCUGGAGGACCAGCACAAGCUGCCGCUGCACGACACGCAUUCCGACGAGGAGGAGGAGGAGCAGGAGCCAGACGCCCCCGAGCCCCUCAAGCCAGACUCCCAGCGCCAGGCCAUGGCUUUCGCAGAGAAGGAGCGGCGCAAGCACGGGCCUUUCCUUUCGGAGAUCCGCGCGGGCUUCUUGGACUGGCGGUGGACCCACCUCCCCAGCGCGCUCCCCGGGGGCGGCGCCGGAGGCCUCCCCAGCCCCCAGCGCCACCCGCGCGCACCGCGCGCACGCGUCCGAGGCGGCCAGGCCGGGCUCCAAGCCGCCUCCGAAGCCGCGGCCGCACGGCCGCGCGGCCGCUGCCGGGGCUCCGUGAGAGCACGCCGCGGCCCGGCGCGCCGCGCGUUCCGAGGCGGGCGCGUGGCCCCCUGCCGCCUCUGGUUCUGCUGUCUUCUUUGGAGAAGAGAAGAUGGCCUGAGCAUGCGUUUUCGUGCCAGUAGCAGAAUGUUUCCACCAUCGCACCGCUUGUAG